AUGGCUGUCACGGUCAUUAACGAAACAAUCGUGCCUAUAAAUAUUAUAGCUAUUCACAAUUAUGGUGUAGCUGUUAAUUACAGCAAAUAUAUGUGUCUUAAAUAUGGAGAAUCAUACAAGUUUAGUUGCAAACGUACGCCAACAAGAUUUUUUAUCUGGCAGUAUAGUGGCCCUGAUUCAGAAAUCUCCGAUGAAAAACUUCAAAUGUUGUGUUUAGCACGCAAUUUUAUCAGUGCUAUUAGCAUGGGAUUAAGUGAGGUCAAACACAUGGUUGCAGAACAAGUUCUUGAUGUAGCAACUAUAGCGAUUCAAAAUGCUAUUGUGCAUAAAUUAAUUGAUCACGCAAUUAUGGAAAUAGAGAGUUAUGCAUUUACAACAAUUGCUAACAGUUUUACAGACAAAAUUUUCCUAGAUAGGCGAACUGGCCACGGACAGAUGGAAACUAUGUGGGUAAUUGAUUCGGCAUCUAGGACUAUUCAUGUGCAAGGCGGGCCAAUAUUUUAUUUGAGUCAGCAUUAUAAAGAGUUAGUUGAUGGUAAAUUUGAUUUGAAACUAUACUAA